AUGGAGCCUGGAAAUCAUUCCACAGUAACUUUCUUCAUAUUGGCUGGGCUUUCUAAGCAGCCAGCACUCCAGCUGCCUCUCUUCCUCCUCUUCCUACAAAUCUACAUCAUCACUGUGAUGGGAAAUGUGGGCAUGAUCACACUGAUUUGGCUUAGUUCUCACCUGCACACUCCUAUGUACUAUUUUCUCAGCAGUCUGUCCUUCAUUGACCUCUGUCAUUCUACUGUCAUUACGCCCAAAAUGCUGGUGAACUUUGUGACAGAGAAGAACAUCAUCUCCUACCCAGAAUGCAUGGUUCAGCUCUACUUUUUCUCUCUUUUUGCUAUUGCAGAAUGUCACAUGUUGGCUGCAAUGGCAUAUGACCGCUAUGCUGCUAUCUGUAGCCCUUUACUUUACAAUGUUGUCAUGUCUCGUCAUCGCUGCUUCUGGCUCACUAUUGGAGUUUAUACUUUGGGUUUUAUUGGGUCUUCAGUUCACACAGGUCUCAUGUUGAGGCUCAUUUUGUGCAAGAGCAAUGUGAUUAACCACUACUUUUGUGAUCUCUUUCCACUCUUGGAACUGUCUUGUUCCAGCACAAACAUCAAUGAAUUAUUUGUUCUCUUCCUAAGUGCACUGAACAUCUUCAUUCCUACCUUGACCAUCUUUACUUCAUAUAUCUUUAUCAUUGCCAGCAUCCUCCACAUUCGCUCCACAGAAGGCAGGUCCAAAGCCUUCAGCACCUGCAGCUCCCACAUGUCUGCUGUUGCUAUCUUCUUUGGUUCUGCUGCAUUCAUGUACUUACAGCCAUCGUCAGUCAGCUCAAUGGAACAAGGGAAAGUGUCAUCUGUGUUUUAUACUACUGUUGUUCCCAUGCUGAACCCAUUGAUCUACAGCCUGAGGAAUAAAGAUGUCAAAUCAGCUAUGAAAAAAAUUCUAUACAGAAGAGCACAUUCUUGA